AUGGAUGAGCGAGACUCAGCUCUCCCAGAAGCAGGAAGAGGCCAUGCCAGCCAAACUGGGAGCAGUGGGGGAUUCUGGGAAAACCCAGUGCAGAAGAUCCUGGGUGAGGAGGACACUCUAUGCUCAGAGGUGCAGAGCCAGCAGUUGAGGCAGUUCUGCUGCCAGGAGGCCAAAGGACCCCGAGAGGUUUGCAGCCGACUCUACCACCUUGACCAUCAGUGGCUGAAGCCAGAAAGGCACACGAAAGCGGAGAUGCUGGACCUGGUGAUCUUGGAGCAGUUCCUGGCUGUCCUUCCCCCGGAGAUGGAGAGCUGGGUGAGGGAAUGCGGAGUGGAGAGCAGUUCCCAGGCGGUGGCCCUGGCCGAAGGUGUCCUACUGAGUCAGGCAGAGGAGAGAAAGCAGGUGAGAGAGACUUUCCUCUGGAUACUCCCAAGGGGCUCCAAACAAGACAGAGAACAUCCCAUAAUGAUCUGCUGAUGACCCAUCCGUUUUCUAGGAAAGCAUCUAUGGAAUGAGAUCUCACACCCUUCAAAUUUUUGCCAUUCUCUUUCUAAUAUUUCUCACCUUUCUGUGUUUUUAAUCCAUGUUUCUUUUUCAGGGAAAGGAUCUCUUUGCAGAAAUGGACCUGGAUUCCUGUGAGGCAGAGAGGCCUCCGUUGGACACCAGAGAGAGGCCACUGGGUAAGGAGGAAGGUGGUUUUCUCCGUUUGGUCUCAUUCUGUUUGUUUUCCAACUCAUCUGGGGGUUCUUUUCAUCUUGUUUUGGGGGGAGACAGUUGGGAAGAAGGGUCCAUAGGAGGGGAGAUGUAUUUCUGCACCACAAACAUAUGAAAUGGGCACAAAUGUCCAAAUGCUCUCAGUAGGUAAGGCUUUCUCAAAGGCCCAUGUGUAGUUAGAGAUGCCCUGUUUCACCUGUGAGAGAAGCUGGCACUCCUGGCGUCCUGCUUACCUUUUUUCUCUUGCAGAUGGCAGAAGGAUGCCGGCAAGACCUCCUGAUCCGCCUUUUCAUGGGGACAGAAGGGAAGCAGCGGCUGUGGAACCAGAUCAGGUCAGGGGAAGCUGCCUUGUGGGGACAGAGGCUGAGGGAUGGAGCAGUGUCAUGGACUGGUUGGGCACAGAGGAAUGGUGGGAGGAAGCAGCCGGGGAACCAGGAAGGGAAGACGGCUGAGAGCCCAAGAAGUGGAGGUAGAAGAAGGAUGGGUGGUCAGAGGGGGAAGAGGGAGAAGCCUGGGAAGAGGAGGUGUCAGAAGCUGAAGGGGUUACAGGGCUUUGUGAGCUGGAAGGCUCUGUGCCAGAAUGCAGUGCAGAAUCAGAGGCAGAAGAGGAAGGAGGCAAGUUGGAGAGGAAGGUCGGGAGGCAGAGGUGAGUCAGGAUAAGGAUGCCAGAAGCCACCCUCCCUGCUUGUCUCUCAGAGCCAGGAGACCCCGUUUAUUGCAGAAAUCUCUGCUAGAUCAUCCAAGACAGAUGGCCAUCCAAAACAGGCUUAUUUUAUUUCUAGAUUGAUCAUAGAAUGCUAAAAUCGGUUUCUACGUAGUGAACAAAUCAGAACAAAUAGUGGCCUGGAUUCACCUAACCGGCCCCAUCGGCUGCAAAAUGGGACCUGCCCCCCAUUUCUCCCCCUCUCCAUGCCCCCAUGAAUCCCUUGAAUUUGGCUGUAGGGCAUUGGGAGGGAACUCCCCAGAACACCUCAAGAGGAGAGGGAAAAGUCGAUACUUCCAUUGGGGAAACUGGAAUGCUUGCGUAAGCAAAAUGACUUGAAAAACAGAAUGUGGAGUACCACCUAUUGCACAAAGACAAAUACCCAUUAUUAAAACUUAAAAUAAGCAUCCAUAUUUAAAAUGUGCAGCAAAGCAAUCCUAUUGAAACAACAUCGCAAUGUACAGGAAGGAAACAACAGAGAAUUGUGUAGCAGAUCAUAUUUCUGCUGUCUCAGAGGAGGACAUUUCCCUUUUUCAUUUAGGAUCCAGUGUGCUUUGAAGAUGUUGCUGUUUGUUUCACGGACGAGGAGUGGGUGUUGCUGGAUCCUGACCAGAGAGCUCUGCAUAAGGACGUCAUGGAGGAGACUCGUGGGAUCGUGACCUCUCUUGGUAAGGCUCCCUGUGGUAUCGUCAUAUCUGCCUGGAAAUUCAAAAAAUACCUCUAUGGGACCAAUCUCAUCUAUUUUUACAGAGCUCAACAGCGCCCCCUAUAACACCUGGGAACCUAACACCCCCACCCCCAGUCUUUCCUUUGAACAACCUUCCUGAAAUUAUUCCUUUUUCUACCGCGAUUGGACUGGUGUGAACUUCCCAGGCCAUCUUCAACGUCAGCUUCAGAAUUGUUAGGAAAGCUAAGUAGCUUCCGGUUUUUGUUUUUGCUCCUGUCAGUCUUGGGUUGACCAAAGAGACGACUGGCAGCGAAGCUCAGGUGCUGCCAGCCAGAGAAUAAGCAGGCCUAGGGAGAGGAGAGUUAGCAGCAGAAGGCAGAGAGGAGGGGGAGAGGAACUGUCAUCUGAGCUCUGAACAAAGGGGAGAAGAAAAAGAGAGACAGAGUGACAGACAGCUGUGUGAGAGCUACAGGAGUCAGUCAGACGCUGGAAUGCAGGAAGCAUUCUCUGCCAAAUUUAAAGAUACUGGAAGAGAAGGUGGGGGCUUCCGUGCUGGGGAAGGGGGAGGAGCUCAGUCCGAGCAACUCCAUCUUGUGGGGAGGACGAUGAGUAGAGGAGCUCCGUCCAAGUUUGUUGUUUCAGCAAUAAAUCUGAAAUAAUUAACAGCCAGAGUCGUCUCACGUUUGUGGGAGACCAAGCCAUAACAAGGACUGACAAUGGAGAUGGAGGGGAUGUCAUGACUGGGCCAAACAAAAUUCAUUCCAGAGAAGAGCUAGGCUUAUUGAAUCUCAGGUAGCAGUAGCAGUGAUGAGGAUGAGGAUGAUACAGUGGUACCUCGGUUUACAAACUUAUUUUUUUCCAGAACAGGUACCACUGUAGUAAUAAUAAUAAUUUUUUGUAAUGGCUUGGCUCUCCCACAGAAGCGAGACACUGGCAGUAAUUAUCUCAGGUUUAUUGCUCAAACACAUAAAUCACUCCGGAGCUCCUUCACUCCGUGUCUGACUUCAAGUUUGCAGUUGCCAAGUCUAAACUCCGCCCCUUCCUCUUCUUCCAAGAGGGGGAAAAACCCUUUCGCUCCCGCUCUUUCCCCCUCCUCUCACUGACCUUUUCGCGCCUUCGAGUUUUUGGGCUAGCUAUUCCUGGCCUCUCCCCUUCUGUCUCUGAGCUAAGAUUGGUAUUUUGUGGAUCUUUGUUAUCUGCUGCCUGCUCUCUGUUCUCUGAAGCUCUGCCACUCGGCUGCCCCUCCUCCCUCUCACAUUCCAGCUCACAUUCCAGUGUCCUUAUCUCUCUUUGCCUGCUUUCAUACAUUCCAGCCUCUGUCAGCUCCGGAACAAAGCUGUCAUUUUUAUUUCUACCCUGCCCAUCUGGCUGGGUUGCCCCAGCCACUCUGGGUGGCUUCCAACACAUAUAUGAACAUGAAACAUAAAUAAUAAUAUUCUGAUCCCAUAUAAAAAGAACAUUAACUUAAAAUGAGCAACUUAUACUGGAGGCCAAAAUUGUGGAAACCUUUUGUGAAAAGUGUAUUUCUGAGGUUUGAUGGCUCAUAACACCACUUUUGUGUGGAGUAAUACCAUAAAAUUAUAUAUCAAUGGAAAGAUAAUUUAAUGAAGAAUGUAAUGUAAUGACUUUUAUGAAGGAGUAUUCAUUGGAACAGUAGUCAUAAAGAAAAAAUGUGAAAAUUUUGGUAACCAUUGGUAACCUUUAGCUUUAAUUACAGCCUUACAACGCUUUCCCAUGAAGUGAACCAAAUUUUUAGUUCUGCACCUGUAAGAAUGUGAAACCAAGAUUGAAUUAUUGCCUCUGUUAAUUGGGCUUUAUUGCUGGAUUGCUUCUAACAAAGAAUUUUCUUUAGUCGGCUCCAUAGAUUUCUGAUUGGGUUAAUGUUUGGGCUAUUCCCAAGCCAUUCCGGCAGUGGAAUAGGAUUAUCUUGAAAGCACCUUUUUCACACAGCAGCAACAGGACAUGGAGCUGAGUCCUGUUGAAAUAGAAAAUAAAUAUAUAAGUAGGAGGGGGCCGCUAGGGGUGCCUUGGAAGAUGGCGGAUAUUAACAUCUAUCCAGCUCGCACGAGGUAAUUAGAGGCUGAUUAUGGGGAGUAAAUCAGUCUCCCUCAUCUCUCCAGGGGGGGAGAGAUGCAGUUUUCACCCACUGUUGCCAUAAAUCACCCCCGAGUUCGGAAGAAGGAGGGGGUGAGGCACUGGGUGCACAACCCUCGGCGGGCCUCGGAAGUCCUCCGAAGCUACUUUCAGGAGCGAAACUAGUUGCGUUAAUUAAAAGGGAAAAAAAUGGUGAAAGAUAACGCACAGGCUUCAAGAGAGGCAGGAGGUUUUUAUCUGCUAACAAUUUUACCACUGAAAUGAAGAAGACUAAGAUGGAAGAUUACAUCAAAGAACUACAGACAUGCUCGUAUGUGGAUUGGAGUGCAACGGAACUAAAGAGGGGGUGAAAUGACUUUUUAUCUUUUUUUGCUCUAUGUGAUUAACUAAUAACCCUCCCUCUCAAAAUAUCCAUCACAGCAACUAAUUGGCAAAUGGGACUAAAAAGGAACUGUGUGGGAAUAAUAUGAAUUUAAAGGUUUUACUCUGUAAAGGAUUUGGAAAGAAGGGCUCUCUUUGUGACACAGUUAGAAUGGAGAUUUGAUAUGAGACCUGUGUUGCAGGAGGUUUGGUCUUGGGGAGGGCGAGCCAAAGAUUUAUUACUUUCGAUGAGAUUGUGAACUGGAAGGGGCAGCUCUCCUGGAAAAAGACUAAUUUACGAUGCAACAGGUCGGGAAAGUUAAAGAGCGAGCUUUUGGGCUGUAUUUCAUCAGAACAACAAGAUGGCAAUUGCUUGCUCGAGCGGAAAUGCCUGGAUUAUUGGGAUUUACGAGAGAGCAGUACAAAGCCCACACAGAAGUACAAACAAGACUGUUUCUUUCAACCCACUUGCGGAGCAAUUCGGAGGUGAAUGAAAAGGAAAAUGAGUAACGACAAAGAUUGAGAAGAAGGGACUGGAAAUAUCAUUCUUAAUAUGAAAGCAGCAGAAAAUAUUCGAGGAUUGGACUCCUGCCGAUCAAGAAGCAUGGGUACCCCCCACAAAAAUUUAUAAUUUGGAAAAUAAUUGGAUUACAUGAUACGUAUUGUUAUAAUUUGGACUAAUUGGUUUGAUGUGUUUAAUUCGGUAAUAUGAAACUUAAUAAAAAUUGUUUUUUUAAAAAAAGAAAGUAAAUAUAUAAAUAAAUAUUUAUAUAAAUAUAUAUAAAUGCUUCAGUAUCUGAGUAAAGAUCACCUGCGGAAGGCUUCAGUUUGGGCUAAAGUAUUUCAUUUUUUAUUUGGGGGCAUUUCCAUUCCCAUUAAUGACGAAAAUUCUGCCCACACCUUUUGCUGCCAUACAACCUCAGAUCAUCACACUAUCUGGGUGUUUCACGGUUGGUGUAAUGCAAGUAGCAUGUAAAUCUUCUCUGAUUCUUCCCCUUGUGUAUUUCAUGCCAUCACUACCAAACAAGGAGAUUUGGGUCACAUCCCUCCAAAAACAUUGUCCCAUUGUUCCGCUGUCCAGUUAACAUGGGUUUAAUCUUUUCAACCUUUGCUUGAGAGAUUUUAUUUAGUCGUUUAGUCGUGUACGACUCUUCGUGACCCCAUGGACCAGAGCACGCCAGGUCCUACUGUCUUCCACUGCCUCCCGCAGUUUGGUCAAACUCAUGCUUGAGAGAUAACAAUGGCUUUUUCCUUAGAAUUCUAACAUUUAGAGCAGUCCUUGCACUCAACUUCACAUUACAUCACGCCAUGUCAUCUUGUAUACACCAAAAUGAUUUUCUUCUGUCAUGUAGGGACAGUCUCUCUAUUCUUCGAUCGUCACUUGCCUUUGUGCACCUUUUCCUGCCUUUACCAGUCUGAUUUUAUAGUUGCUGAGUCUCCUUAUACCUCUUCAAUAAUAUCAAAAUGCCAGCUUUGGUUAAGUUUUCCCCAAUCUUUCAUCUAAUUUCUUCAUAACUGUAGCCCUGUUCACUUAAUACUACAAUUUUACAUCGCUUCUGGGUGACCAGUCAACUCUUUGUGCCAUUUCUAUAAUUUAAUUAUGUUUUACAACCUCACUAAAUGAAAGAACAAAAAAAAAACCAACCAACUUGACAGCAAUCACAUAACACACUGACAAAAGUCAACCUAAGCAAGUUUUGCUUCCUUUUUCUGGUUAUUUGGCUAUAAUGUUUGAUAGAAUAUGGGUAAUUGAACAACCUUUGAUGAAUUGCAGUCUUCGUUAAAUUAUCUUUCCAUUGAUAUAUUAUUUUAUGAUAUUACUCUAAACGAAGUGGUGUUAUAAGCCAUCAAAACUCUGAAAUACACUUUUUUCCAAAAGUCUUCCCCAAUUUUGACCACUACUGUAUAUUAAACAAACCAACAUUCAGCAACUCAGAACAUAAUAAUAAAUAUGAUGGUUAAUGACAACCAACACAGGUAAUGAACACAAGCCCAACUUCCUUCAGUUCUUCUCCAUUUGUUCCUGAGGCUCUAAUCCCUUUUUGUCUCCAUUGCAGAUUGUAAUGAAUCGAAAAUUGAGAACAAAGGUGACCACGAUAAAAUCCCGAGAGAGGAGAAGCCACGUAAAAAUUUAGAGUGUGGAGAAAGCUGCAAUCAGAGCUCCCAUUCCACUUCCCAUCAACAAAAUCUCAUUGGAAAGAAACUCUAUCAGUGCAUGGAAUGUGGAAAAAGCUUCAGUCUGAGCUCCUCUCUCACUUCCCAUCAAAGAAUUCAUAAAGGGGAGAAACCCUAUCAGUGUGUGGAAUGUGGAAAGAGCUUCAGGAAGAGCUCCAAUCUCACUUCCCAUAAAAGAAUUCAUACAGGGGAAAAACCCUAUUCGUGUGUGGAAUGUGGAAAGAGCUUCAGUCAGAGCUCCCAUCUCACUUCCCAUCAAAGAAUUCAUACAGGGGAGAAACCCUAUCAGUGUGUGGAAUGUGGAAAGAGCUUCACUGAUAGCACCUCUCUCACUUAUCAUCGAAGAAUUCAUACAGGGGAGAAACCCUAUCAGUGUGUGGAAUGUGGAAAGAGCUUCAUUCAGAGCUCCUCUCUCACUUCCCAUCACAGAAUUCAUACAGGGGAAAAACCCUAUCAGUGUGUCGAAUGUGGAAAGAGCUUCAGGAAGAGCUCUGAUCUCACUUCACAUCGAAGAAUUCAUACAGGGGAGAAACCCUAUCCGUGUGUGGAAUGCGGAAAGAGCUUCAGUCACAGCCACAGUCUCACUUCCCAUCAAAGAAUUCAUACAGGGGAGAAACCCUAUCCGUGUGUGGAAUGCGGAAAGAGCUUCAGUCACAGCCACAGUCUCACUUCCCAUCAAAGAAUUCAUACAGGGGAGAAACCCUAUCAGUGUGUGGAAUGUGGAACAAGCUUCAGUCAGAUCUCCAAUCUCACUUACCAUCAAAGAAUUCAUACAGGGGAGAAACCCUAUCAGUGUGUGGAAUGUGGAAAGAGCUUCCCUGAAAGAUCCUCUCUCACUUCCCAUCGAAGAAUUCAUACAGGGGAGAAACCCUAUCAGUGUGUGGAAUGCGGAAAGAGCUUCAGUCACAGCCACAGGCUCACUUCCCAUCAAAGAAUUCAUACAGGGGAGAAACCCUAUCAGUGUGUGGAAUGUGGAAAGAGCUUCACUCAGAGCUCCAAUCUCACUAAGCAUCAGAGAAUUCAUACAGGGGAGAAACCCUAUCAUUGUGUGGAAUGUGGAACGAGCUUCACUCAGAACUCCAAACUCACUUCCCAUCAAAGAAUUCAUACAGGGGAGAAACCAUAUCAGUGUGUGGAAUGUGGAAAGAGCUUCAGUCACAGCCACAAUCUCACUUCACAUCAAAGAAUUCAUACAGGGGAGAAACCAUAUCAGUGUGUGGAAUGUGGAAAGAGCUUCAGUCAAAGUCAGAAUCUCACUUCCCAUCAAAGAAUCCAUACAAAGGUUGGAAAAACCAUUAUACAGAUUUAG